CCCAACUUAAACCCCUGGGUUAAUCACAACCUGUCAAACUCGAGCAUAUAUGCUCCGACAUCCAUCAAGACCCUUCCACGGAGCCAUCUACAGAUCAUCCAUCAUUCCAUCAAGUCCAAGAACAUACUUGAUCCGCGCAAUGUCCUCCAACUCCUCAGACCCUACAAUUGCCACUACCCCUAAUAACGCGGCCACCGACGGUCCACAAGAGACUACGCAACAGAAACCCAUCCUAGCCCUCCCGGACAAAGAAACCGCAACCCCAACCCACAAACUCAACCUCUCCACCGGCUCCGCAAAUGUCAAACUCGACCACCUCGGCCCCAUCAUCGUCAACACUGACGGCACCAUCUCACGUAUCGCGAAUUGGGAUAUAUUGUCAGAGUUUGAGAAGAGGAGUGCGUUGAGGGUUAUUGGGAAGCGAAAUCGGGAGCGGAGGGAUGUUUUGGCUGCUGCGGGGGUGGAGGCGGGGGAGAAGAAGGAGGAGUGAGGGAAAUGCUGAGAAGCAUUGUGAAAGGAGCGAGAUAAGGAUGAUAUUGGAAUGCAAGUGCGAUGUUAUUCUCGGAACCGGAGAGCAUACACAGGCAAGAUGGCGCCGUGCCGCCGACGAAUGAGGAGGCCAGAGAUGGGCGAGUUUGGCCUCUGGUGAAUCAUGACCACGGGAGCCGGCAUUACGAACGUGAGAGGAUGCACAGUGAGAAUACCCAGAGCAGAGAAAUAGAGCUCUUCACCGAAUAUGGCUCACCAUCAAUCACAUGUAC